AUGGUGUUUUUGUCCACAGCUGUGGUACGAGUACAGGAUGCUGAUGGGAUUGAUCACUAUGCGAGAGCUUUGCUCGACAGUGGAUCACAAUCAAACUUCAUGUCAGGGUCUUUGUGCCAGAAGUUGGGUUUGAAGCGCAAUCGUAUUAACCUGCCAGUAAGUGGUAUUGGUCAAGCGAUGGUCAGUGUACGUUAUUGUGUACAGCUCACACUCUCUUCUCGUUUUGGAAAACUUGUACAAACCAUCGAUUGUUUGGUGCUCCCGAAAUUAACCGUCAGCCUUCCUACUUGUCAUGUCGAUGUUUCCAAGUGGAACAUUCCACACCACUUACAGUUAGCAGACCCCAAAUUUAAUGUCAGUCGUGGAGUCGACAUGAUAAUUGGGGCCGAAUUGUUUUUCUCGCUACUGGAAUCGCAUCAAAUGGUAUUAGCUGAAAAUCUUCCCGUACUACAAAAGACUGUGUUGGGUUACGUGGUGUGUGGCAAGUAUUCCAAUUACACAAUGGCAACAGUAUCCUGCCAUGUUGUCACUGAACAGGAUUUAAACGCCCAAUUGGAGAGAAUGUGGGAGGUGGAUAACUUGGAUGUUGGAAAGGCGUUAACCCAAGUAGAACAAGAUGUCGAAAAUCACUUUCUUCAGACCGUAUCUCGUGAUUCUACUGGCCGUUAUACUGUUCGUUUGCCAUUCCGUGAAGAAUUGAACUGCCUGCUGAAUGAUUCUUAUGACCAAGCAUUACGGCGCUUUUUUCUUAUGGAGAAAAGGUUCAUUCGUGAUAAGAGAUUGCGUGACGAGUAUGUGAAAUUCAUGGACGAUUAUCAACAAUUAGGACAUAUGGAAGUAGGUUCUCGCAUCGCGGGCCCACAAUAUUUUUUCCCUCAUCAUGCUGUCCACCGUCCAGAAAGCAGCACAACCAAAACACGCAUUGUCUUCGAUGCCAGCAGCAAGGGUUCUGGCGUCCUUUCUCUGAACGACAUUCUACACACUGGUCCCACUGUCCAACCACCUCUGCUGAUUCAUCUAAUCAAUUUUCGAUUGCCACAGUACGUUUUCACUGCGGACGCAGUGAAUCCCGAUGACCGCCGGUUUUUGAAUAUCAUCUGGCGGAGAGAUCCCUCAAUGCCGCUGCAAAUAUAUCAGUUAAAAACUGUGACUUAUGGAUUAGCUUGCUCACCAUAUCAAGCAGCAAGAGUGCUCGUGAAGCUUACUGAGGACGAGGGUCACAAAUACCCCCUAGCUUCGGUGGUAGUGAAGAAACGAAUCUACGUAGACGACGUGUUAGCGGGAAGUGAUGACCGCGAUGAAGCCGCAGAAACUUGUCGUCAACUUCGUGAACUGCUUGGUGCAGGGGGAUUUUCGUUACGCAAGUGGAGUAGCAAUAAUCCACAUGUUUUGAAACACAUUCCAACCGAUCUGUGGGAAAAUGCUCCGAAAACGGAAAUUUGUCGUUCGAGGGUUACCGCCCUGGGACUUCUGUGGAAUCCAACAGCCGACUAUUUUGAGUUCAGGAUUCCGCCAAUUCCAGAGAUCUCCAAGGUAACAAAACGCAUUGUAGUAUCUGAAACCGCGCAAUUGUUUGACCCACUUGGUCUCCUUGGGUCGGUGGUUAUCAGCGCCAAAACUUUCGUUCAGCGACUUUGGGCGAAAAAUAUACCAUGGGAUGAAGAACUUUCGAAGGAAGAGAACGCCUGGUGGCUCAACUUUAGAAGCGAGAUAAAACUACUACAGCAACUUUCCAUUCCUCGUCGGGUUUUGUCGAACGUCGAUCGCAACUAUCAUCUUCAUUGUUUUUGUGACGCUUCUGAAAAAGGCUACGGUUGUUGUAUGUAUGUAGUGGGUCCAGAUACAAGCAAGCAAAUCAUCAGCCACCUUUUAAUUACGAAGUCUCGAGUCGCCCCUUUGCACGGAUUGUCCAUACCACGACUAGAGUUGAGUGCGGCAGUAUUAGGUAGCCAACUGGUACACAAAUUACGAAUGACACCGGACUUCACUGGAUUAGUUACGUAUUGGACGGAUUCUACGGUAGUAUUAUACUGGCUUCGUGCACCACCGACCGACUGGAAGGUGUUUGUAUCCAACCGCAUCUCCGAAGUACAACGCCUCACUAAAGGAUGUCAAUGGAGACAUGUUCCGUCUGACCAAAACCCAGCUGACCGAGUAUCUCGAGGAGUUCGCCCCAGUCAAAUUUUAAAUGAUAAUCUAUGGUGGCAUGGGCCACAAUUUCUCGCGAAACCAGCUUUAUACUGGCCUAAUUCAUUCUCUAACAUUUAA